GCUCCUUGUAACGAGUCCUUUUAUUUGUGAAUCACGUGUGAAAGAGCCAUGUGCUCCAACAUUGGGAACCGUUGGUCGUGCCCAUGUCUUGCUGGGCAUGGACAAUGUGGUGCCUUACGAUGCGACCAACGAUACUCGUUGUCUAACGUCCAUGCAUCUGCUGUCGCCUUCGACCUCAUCCAUAUCUUUUCAAACACCGUGCCCUCGUACUCCAAAGUUUGACUUCGUGUUUAGGCAGAACUCAUCCUAUCUAUAUUUACAUACAUAAAUCUAAACAUAUAAGCACUCGCUGACGCAGACUUUGAGCAACCCGGCCAUCGACGGGCGAAUGCUUCCCACAAACUCCAGACGACUCCGAAGCGCUCAACAUAACAUCAUGAAAGUACUGUCCAUAGCUUCCCUCCUCUUCGUCCUCAUGUUCCUCUUCCCAAGUCUUGCGUCAGCCUGGGAGCUCACGUCUGUCCAGGUCCCACUCAUCAUCUCCUCAUGGCUAGGCAGCAGCAAUGCGACCCCGCGCGUUCCUCAAUUCCUUCUCGACACGGGUCAUCCGUGGCUCACCACCCACGCCCGGGAGAUCUCCAGUCUUCAGGACGCGAUAUCAUUUAUUUGCAAACUCUCUACCGCCGAAGCUCAAUCUAAAGAUGGCGGCGGCGUUGCGGUUGGCGACAAGAGCGGGGAGCUGCGCGAACGCCUCGAGGUACCGGCAGACCUCUUCCACCGGCUCGAAAUCAGAAACACCCGCGUCGGCGUGAGCCGCUACGGCUGGAAGAAUGCCCGCGAAAGGCUCAAUGAGAUGAAGGCGUGCCCAAGAGCACUCGCCGAAGUUCACGAGUUGACGGUUAACGUAUGGAUCCAUACGGGAAUGGGGUGGCAGACCUUGGGCGAUACCUGGGACACCCUCACCGCGGAAUCGACGCUUCCCCCAAAGACCCUGCCGGCUCUAUUUUGCGAGGUCAUGGGGAAGAUGAAGAAUUUGAGUAUGAUCGAAUGGAUGGUUCGAGGCGUCGACGAGAAUGCGGCCAUCGGAAAGGCCUUCAUCGAGGACCGGACGCGCUUGCCUGGUGUGAAACAUCUCGUGUCGACCAUGAAUGCGCCUUGGCUUGUUGACGCUUGCCCUUCGCUGACCUCUCUCGAAGUGAAACGCGAUGAUUUCGUCUGGGGAGAAGCUGCGCACACGAGGGAUGUGGCCUGGUUCGCUGCCGCGGGCAGACUCAAAGACCUGAGAAAGCUUGAUAUGGGAGACGUCGAGUGGACGGGCACGAUGACCGAUCGCGUACUUCAAGAUACCCCUCACAUUGGAGAGCUCCAUGUAGGUGCUCCAGCCUGGGACCUCAAAUAUAGAUCCAUGAACCGGGGAGACUUGCUGCGGGAUCUUGUGAAAUCCCUCUCUCUUCUUCCCGACCUCACGCAGCUUCACCUCCCGCAGUCCUUUCAACUGAAUCUCGGCUACGACGGGGGAUCGAUGUGCGGAAACGCAUACAUGGGCGAAAACGGUGCCGAUUAUCGGCGCAGCGACAUGGCUCAAGGCCUUAAGGCAACGGAAUCGGCUGGGAAGAUAGUCCGGCAGGAGUUUCCGGGGUUGAAUGGGGUCCACGUCGGUGCGUUCUACGGGGACUUCAUGACAGAUGUUGAGGGAGAGCAGGUAAUUGUCUGGGAUUGGACUGGAAGGGUGGACGAGUGGUUGGACGAGAAGCAGAUGGCUAUCAAUUUCGACGAUGAGCCUUGAUCCAGGUCAUGCAGGGGCGAUCACAACCCAACCGACGGAGCUUGUGACUCACGGUACAUACAGCCGUGUCUUCUCUAUUGAAAUUGUAAACGGCAUGUCGAAACUCAACACAUCAUCACUACACGACUAAUCGUCAACUUCCCCUGCGCUUGUCAUCUCGUUCAGAUCGUCCAGCUUUUGUAAAGCUUACUAUUCCAUCCCGCGGAAAAGCACGAUUCGCCACCAGUAGGGCCUUUCUUGUCCUAUACACUGAAGAGCAAAGUAUGUCUUUACGAAGAAGGGAAACGGCGACACAUGAUCAGAAGUGAACAGUCUCCAAUCUGGCGGCUUCUUGCUGCUCACACUAAGAUUUCUUAACUAUGAAAUGGGCACUCUCCAGAACGAUUUGGUGGGAUUUUGAAACCUCA